AUGGAGGAAAAAUCCCUCAAUUGGGCCAGCUACAAGCGCAUCAUCCUCUGCGCAGACGGGACAUGGCUUGCGUCCGACGUGGGCGACAAGUCCGCCCCUUCAAACGUCGCUAAAUUGGCUCGAGCAGUUGCGAACAGUGGCCCUGAUGCU